AAAUCAGAUGGAAGAAUCAGACAUGGAGGAGGAAUUCCUUAUGGGACAUUUAUCAUCAAGUUCAUCUGACAGUACCAGUGAAGAGGAGGUUCUAGAUACUGAGUUAUUUAAUGAGUUUUAUUUAGAUAACAUUGAACACAGAGAAAAUGAAAGUGAAAAGCAAUCUGUAGAUAUACAGGGGGGAUAUCAAAAUUAUGUCAUCGCAGUGUUGAAAAUCUUGCUUGUGUGGCAAGUUGUGCACUAUGUUUCUGAUGCAGCAUUUUCAGUUUUGUUGUUUUUAUUAAGAUCUUUGUUUUACGUUUUUUCAUUUUCAUCUGAUUUAGCUAAAUCUUUUUACCAAAGUUUCCCAGUUACAAUGUACCAAUUACACAAAUAUAUUUCAUUUGAAAAAGACGAUUUUGAAAAAUAUGUCGUGUGUCCAAAAUGUCAUUGUUUGUAUGAAUUUCAAGAUUGUUGUCAUUUGGUUGAGGGCAUACAAACUUCAAAAUUGUGUUCAAAUGUUGUGAUGCCAAAUCAUGUAAUGAGUCAUUAUAGGAGACCAUGUGGUGAAUUAUUAUUGAAGUCAAUUAAUGUUGGAGGAAAAAAGAAAUUGAUUGCUAGAAAAACAUAUUGUUAUAAAAGUUUGAAAUUGUCUUUGCAAAGAUUAGUUAAUAGAAAAGAUUUUGAAGAAACUUGUGAACUUUGGCGUUUUAGAGAAGUGCCCCAUGAUGUUUUCAAUGAUGUUUAUGAUGGGGAGAUAUGGCAGAAAUUUAAUGGCUUAGAGUAUAAUUUUUUUACUUCUGAAAGAAAUUAUGGUGUAAUGAUGAAUGUUGAUUGGUUCCAACCAUUUAAGUACUCAAAUUAUUCAAUAGGUGCAAUUUAUCUAACCAUUUUGAAUUUGCCAAGAGAGGAGAGGUUUAAAAAGAAAAACAUGAUACUUGUAGGUUUAAUUCCAGAUAUGAAAUCAGAACCUCCAACAAAUUCUUUCAUAGAACCUCUUGUUGAAGAAUUACGGGAAGCAUGGCAUUGAUUUAGUUUGAAAAGUUAUAAGUCAAAAACACCUGUUAUUUUCAAACUUGUCUUAUUAUGUGUGGGAUGUGAUAUUCCUGCAAGUAGAAAACUCUGUGGUUUCUUGGGUCAUGGGGCAACAAGAGGUUGUAACAAGUGUAUGAAACAGUUUGAAGGGGGUAUAGGCGAGAAGAGUUACGCCGGUUUCAAUUUUUCAGAAUGGGAAAUGAGAGAUGCAAAGUCUCAUAGAGAUAUUGUACGCAAGAUUGUUAAGUCAAAGACUAAAGGUAAACGAGAAAACUUAGAAAAAUUUUAUGGUGUUAGAUAUUCUGUAUUAUUAGAGCUAGAUUACUUUGACCCCAUUAGAAUGACUAUUAUAGAUCCUAUGCACAACUUAUUUUUGGGAACAGCAAAACGUGUCUUGAACUUGUGGAUUGAUUAUAAAGUUUUGUCAGCUGAUGAUUUAAAACAAAUG